UGCGGAAGUGUAAGUUACAGAAGUUCACCCUGCUGUCUCUGAAAAGCAGUGUUGAUCUUGUAGCCACUGUGCUGCUACUGUUCUGAAUCAGAGAAUAAUAUCCCACAGGAAUGUCUUUGUCUUUCGAGGGGAGAGUCGUUCUUGUCACUGGGGCCGGAGGAGGCCUUGGCAGAGAAUAUGCACUGGCUUUUGCUGAAAGAGGAGCCUCAGUUAUAGUGAAUGACCUUGGGGCAGACACUAAAGGGGGUGGAAAGAGUUCUGCAGCCGCUGAUAAGGUGGUGGAGGAGAUAAGAGCGAAGGGAGGCAAGGCCGUGGCGAACUAUGAUUCUGUAGAAGAUGGAGAAAAACUGAUCCAGGCAGCGCUGGAUGCAUUUGGAAGAAUAGAUAUUGUUGUAAACAAUGCUGGGAUACUUCGGGACCGAUCAUUUGCCAGGACGAGUGAUUUGGACUGGGACCUGAUUCAAAGAGUUCACUUGAGAGGCUCUUUCCUGGUGACUCGAGCUGCUUGGAACCACAUGAAAAACCAAAAGUUUGGCAGAAUCAUCAUGACGGCUUCAGCCGCAGGCAUCUAUGGUAACUUUGGCCAGGCCAACUACAGCGCUGCCAAGCUGGGCAUGCUAGGGCUGGCAAACACCUUGGCGGUCGAGGGACGCAAGUACAACAUCUACUGCAACACUAUUGCUCCUGUUGCAGGGUCACGCCUCACUGAGACCGUCAUGCCCCCAGACCUUGUGGCAUCUCUGAAGCCUGAGUAUGUUGCUCCCCUGGUCCUCUGGCUCUGUCAUGACCAAUGUCAAGAAAAUGGAGGACUGUUUGAGGUUGGAGCAGGCUGGAUUGGUAAAUUGCGCUGGGAGCGUACUCAGGGCCACAUUGUGAGACAGAAGAACCAACCCAUGAAUCCUGAGGCAGUCAGAGACCAGUGGGACAAAAUAUGUGAUUUUACAGAUGCCACCAAGCCUACUAAUGUACAAGAGUCUCUACAGUCAAUUGUGAGUGUGCUGUCUCGAGUGGAGUCGGAGGGAGACGUCGGUGCAAGUCCAACAGCUGCUGCAGCCUCUGCAGCCUCGACUUCAGGCAUUAAUCCUGCUGAGGCAGUGGGACAAAAAUUACCACCGACCACUUUCAACUUCAACCACGUACAGUGUAUCCUCUAUGCAUUGGGGGUCGGCAUGUCCACCAAAGACCCAGACCAUCUCAGGUUCCUGUAUGAAGGCCAUCCAGACUUUAGCUGCCUCCCCACCUUUGGGGUCAUUCCCUCCCAGGCAGCCAUGAUGGAUGGCGGGCUGAGCUCAAUCCCUGGACUCAACAUAGAUUUUACACAGGUAUUGCAUGGAGAGCAGUAUCUGGAGCUGCACAAACCUCUACCGACCUCAGGUCAACUUACCUCUGAGGCCACCAUAGCAGACGUGUUGGACAAAGGGUCCGGAGCCGUCAUCCUCUUGGACGUGAACACCUACAGUGGCGACGAGCUGGUGUGCUACAACCAGUUUUCAGUGUUUGUGGUCGGAGCUGGAGGCUUUGGAGGGAAGAGAACCUCUGAGAAAGCCAAGGCUCCUCUGCCGCCACCUCAACGGGCACCAGAUGCCGUGGUGAUUGAUUCUACCACAAGAGACCAAGCGGCCUUGUACCGUCUUAGUGGAGACUGGAAUCCUCUUCAUAUAGACCCCAGCUUUGCUGCCAUGGGAGGCUUCAAGACUCCAAUCCUGCACGGCUUGUGCUCAUUCGGCUUUGCGGCAAGACAUGUCCUCAAGCAGUUUGCCGACAACGAUCCUUCCAGAUUCAAGGCUAUCAAGGUUCGCUUUGUGAAGCCGGUGAUGCCGGGUCAGUCGCUGCAGACUGAGAUGUGGAAGGAAGGCAACAGGAUUCACAUCCAGUGCAAAGUGAAGGAGACCGAUGCCGUUGUGCUAUCGGGGGCCUACGUGGAUUUACAUGCCGCUUCAGACGCUUCUCCAGUAAAUCUCACCCAAGGAGGAGGCCUUCAGAGUGAGCUGGUGUUUGCAGAGAUCGGCCGUCGUAUUAAAGACUUGGGCUCAGAGUUGGUCAAGAAGGUGAAUGCUGUGUUCGGCUGGGAGAUCACCAAAGAUGGCAAGAACACUGCACAGUGGACCAUUGAUCUGAAGAACGGCAGCGGCUCCUUGCAUAAAGGCCCUUACAGCGGGAAGGCAGAUGUGACCAUCACGGUGUCGGAUGAAGACUUCAUGGAGGUGGUGCAGGGGAAACUCAACCCUCAGAAGGCGUUCUUCUCAGGCAAGCUGAAGGUCAGAGGGAACAUCAUGCUGAGUCAGAAGCUGGAGGUCAUCCUUAAGGACCACGCCAAACUGUGAGCCCCUCAGCCAAGCACCCAGAUGACUUUAGGGAACUAACCAAGCUACCAGCUCUCUCCAUCUGUCCACCUUUCUGUCCUGAUUCAUGUGUGCGUACUAAAAUGCUUUGCCUCCAAAGAGAAAUGCAUAAAAAAUUAUCCAGUAAGAUUAGUACCACUUUGGAAUGAACUCUCUCAUAUUAAGUAAAAUUUCUCUGCAGUCAUAAAAUGUUGAUCAAGUGGGAAAUGUCCUUCAUUGUAUCACAUGGAUACAGAUGUUUCGAGGGAAACGAGAGAUCUUUUACUUUUUCUCACAUCUUCAGUUCUUGGCAACAGAAGCAAUAAUUCAUUUCAGCUGGUUGGAGUUUAACUUGGUUGGUCCGUCCUUGCUAAAUGUGCACUUAACACACCUGCCUUUAAAGAAACCUAAUGGGGAAAUUAACCGUUUGUCUUCAUGAAUUUAAUUCCUUUUUUUAUUUCAAUCGGUCAUGGUAUUCAGGUGUCAUUAGAAACAAGAAUCAAAAUGUUGCCAGACAUUUGGUAAAUGCACUGGGUGAAGUGAUGAUGAUAAACCAAUUUUUAAUCUCAGCUUUACUAAAGUCAUAAUUCAUCUGUUAUUUCAUUCUGAUGACUAAUUUAUCUCAGUCAGUUUAAGUCAGAAACGGUUUCAUGUGACUGAUACUGUAAUCACAACAGAAACUUUGAGAUGUAUAAUAAUGUAGUUUGCUGGUUAUGAAAAUAAUGAUUCACUUUUUUUAUAUCAUUUCAGUGUAAUUGUAAUGUAAUUCAAUGACAGCUCGUCUAUGAAAAUAAAUUCAUCCAGAACCUUA